CCUAUUGUUAUUCAAUAAAUAAAAUGUCACCAAUUUCACUCGUUUUCAAUUUUCAACACCUAAGAUAAGACUAAAUAAUUAACAAACAAUUCAUUAAAUAAAAUUAAUCAAACAUGUACUAAACUCAUUAUAGUUGAACACUAGAACACGUUUCACAAAAAAUUCAUUCUUAUCUACAAUAAUUUAAUCCUAAACUUUCUCCAAAUCCGGUGUGCUAUGACAAAGUCUUCCCAUUACUUUGCUCACAGUUUCAUUUCAUCAUCAAUAUCAUAUCAUAUAAAUACACAUAACUCAAACACAUUUUCACAACUACAAUUCAAAGUUUCAAAGUUUCAAACCCACUUCAUAUAUUCACAUUCAAAUUCUCUCAACAAAAAAAAAAAAACAUUUUUUUUAAAACCAUCUUUUUUGAUCAUGAUGAGGAACAAGGGACAAAGCCAAAACAUGUUUAUUAGGAUCAUGUCUUCACCAAUAAGAGCAUUAGGAAAAGCAAGAGAUGCAUAUGUAAGAAGCAUAACAAAUUGUGGUCAAAGUUAUGGUGGUAGUUAUCCAAUGGAUGCUGCUUCAAAAUUUUCAUCUUUAUCAAGAAGUCAAAGUGCAGCAACAUCAAGAAGAUCAACAUCAUCAUCAAGAAGAUCAACAUCAUCACCAUUAGAAGGUAAUGAAGAUUUUGCUGAACUUGUUAGAGCUGCUUCAGCUAGAACUUUGGUUACUAGACUUGAUAUGGAUUUGGUUCUUAAACAACAGCAGCAACAGCAACAGAAAUUGAAUAAAGGAUUGCCUAAAUCUAGUAGUGUUAGUAUGGCUAAGAUUGAUGAAGAUAUGCCUUUUGAUUCUAGUGUUGAAGGAAAAAUUGGUUUUGUUGCUGAUUCUUAUCCUAGAUCUAAGAGUUAUGCUGUUGGUCAUAAUAGACAUAGAAAUGUUGCUUUCUGAAUUUAAUCGUUAAGUGUAUGCUUGAGAUCACGGUGAUUUUGCAGAAGCUACAGAGGGUAGCUUUUGAAAAAUUAUGACGAGUCAGCGUGAUUCUGACAUACCUAUUGUGAUACCAAUUGUAGGCUGAAGUGAAUUGAACCAUUUUUAGUAUAAGCAAUGUUUGAGUUAUUAUCAUAUAUUGUUUGUAAGAAAUUAAGAGAUGGAUUUAAUUGAAUCAUAAUCUCUUUCUAUUUGAAUCUUGUGUUUUGGAUGAAUAAUUAAUUAGUUGCUCUCUAUGUAGUGAUGAGAUUUGUAAA